AUGAAGCAUGAGCUGAAGAUGAAUCCUUCGAGGCCAGGAAGUAGCAUGCAUACUAUGAGACAAACCAGCAGCCACCGAGACUACUGGCUCUUCUCGCCAGGUGACGUCUGGAUGGCGGCGUUACUUCUAGCUUCAGUACAUCAUCCUCCAGACGCAGGAUUUGCUGUACCACCUGGCCUGCAUCCACGAUUUGACGGCGAUCCUUCGCUAUGUUUUGCUCAGGCUUCGACUCGUUCUCAUCGAACCAUUUCUAAUAAUAACUACCAAUUCCUGCCCAGCCUCUCAUCUGUCUCCGCGGCCAUCGAACAAGUUGGGGUAACGACUCCUGCAAAGCAUAUCAAACAAUGUCUCAAUGUCUACACCGAUACAGAUCCUACAGCUAGAAAGCCAGCGCUAGUUGGUCAUUCUGUCUCACUUCUGUCGCUGAUCCUGACAGCAGCCAUAUUCUCAUACACUAGCACCCAAAACUCGGAAUCUACUGUCAUUCUUCAAAGUACGAUCCUGCGAGGACAGCCAGCACAAGAGCGUAUAGCCAGAAUCUUGAACUAG